AUUACUCAUUUUUGUUGUAUUGCUGUAAACUUCUUACCACUUUUCUUGUCUGUUUCAAUUCAUUAUAUCGAAUUGCAUUAUCGUUGGACUAUCAUCGGCAUUUUAUAGCACAUACUAACCUCAAUAAUAUAAUCACUGUUUCUUAUCUACAACACUGUACAAAUUUACAAGUUUAUUAGGCUUCAUAUCAAAUUGCUACUCACCGUUGUACCAACGGCUUCAAAAUAUGUGUUCAUUGUCUUCACAGUUUCAAGCAUAUGCUAGCAAGCAUCCUAAAUCAAACCCAGACCAUGUAGAUUAUGGAACUUCUGGGCUACGAGCAAGGGCUGAGAUCCUUGAUUCUAUUGCAUUUAGAAUGGGCCUCAUUGCUGCAAUCAAAUCUAAAGUUAUGAAUGGACAAGCUAUUGGUUUGAUGAUCACUGCAUCCCACAACCCAGCUGAAGAUAAUGGAAUCAAAUUGAUUGACUGUACUGGAUCUAUGUUGGAAGAAUCAUGGGAACCUAUUUGUACUGAAUUAGCCAAUGAGUCAGAUGAGAAGUUGGAAGAUUCAGUUAAAAAUUUGAUCCUCAAGAUGAACAUGAAAGGUGAAGGUUUAGUUUUGAUGGGCAUGGAUACACGAGAUAGCUCAGAAAAGUUAGCCUUGUCAGCAGCUGAUGGAGUUAAAGCUAUGGAUACCUGUGUUCGUGAUCUUGGGCUUUUAACGACACCACAAUUACACUAUAUAGUUUAUGCUUACAACAAAAGUUUAGGUGAACCUACAGAAUCUGGUUAUUUCACCAAAUUUUCGGGUGCUUUUGCAAAUUUGUGCGCUUCGUUGAAAUCAACAGUUAAAAGUUACAAACCUUUGUUGAAUAUUGAUUGUGCUAACGGUGUUGGUGGAAUCAAAAUGAAACUCAUGAAAUCUUUAUUAGAACCUUAUUUGACAAUUAAUAUUCACAAUUCUGGAAACGGUGUGGUUAACCAUAAAUGCGGGUCUUUUUACGUCGAAACUGAUAUGAAAGAGCCAAUUGGUUGCUCGUGUAAACCAGGUGAACGAUGGGCAUCGUUUGAUGGGGAUGUUGAUAGAAUUAUUUAUUACUACAAAAGAGGUGACGAUAAUGGCGCCUUGAGAAUAUGUAAUGGUGAUAAGAUAGCCGCUUUAUUUUGCCUUUACGUCAAAGGAUUGUUAUCUGAUUGCAAACUUGAAGAUAAAUUGACUAUCCAAGUCGUCCAAACUGCUUAUUCAAAUGGCAAGACAACUCAGUUUCUCAGAAAUACUGUUGGUGUCAAUGUAGAGUAUACAGCCACUGGGGUUAAACAUCUGAUGCGUAAAGCUGCUGACUGUGAUAUUUCAAUAUUUUUCGAAUCUAAUGGUCAUGGUUCGAUUCUUUAUAAUGAUAAAGCUUACAACUUGGUUCAAAAUACUGUACGAACUGACUCAACAGGAUCUGCUAAACUAUUGCUUCAAGUUUUCGAUCUUAUGAAUCAGGCAACUGGUGAUGCAAUAUCAGAUUUUCUUCUGGUUGAAGCAAUUCUCAGAGCUAAAGAUUGGAACAUUGAAGAUUGGGAUGCAAUUUAUGAAACUUCUCCAUCAAGAUUGUUGAAAUUAAUUGUUCCAGAUCGCAAAUUUUUAAAGACUAAUGAUAUCGCAACAGUUGUUUUGGAACCAGCAGGAUUACAGGAUGAUUUAAAUCAAAUGAUUGCCACUUUUGGUGAAGACAGUCGUGUAAUUGUCCGACCCUCUGGAACUGAAGAUCUUGUCAGAGUCUAUGCAGAAUCUAAAACACAAGAAAAAGCUGAUCAACUGGCUGAAAAAGUCCGUGAACUUGUUGAAAAAUAUUCAAAAAAUCGAAAGAUUGAUUGAAUUCAUUAGGCCUGAAAAAUUGUGUGCUUUAAUAUAAUCAGUCAACGAUCUGGCGAUUAAUUUGAUCAAUUUUGAUAUUUUUAUAAGCAAUAAUUAAUCAAGUCAAACAAUUGAAAGCUUAUUCAUCAAUUUCAUUUGUUUAACUAACUUCUCUUUUAAUCUAAAAAGCAAUAUUUUCUAAUUUUACCCACAAAAACAAUCUUAUCAAUUACACCUCGUUUCCGAUUUAAAUGGCAAUCUUACAUUACCCUUUAUUAAUGUAACCAAACUGGCUCAAUCAAUUUCCAGCAUUUAAUCUCUAACUCAUGCGAUCUCUUUGUUAAUUUUAAUCAAAUCUAUUUAUUUUGAGAAAGGGAAACAAGAAUAAAAACAUUUUUGAAAAAGUGAA